GCCAGGUCCACAGGCUAAUUUGCGGUGUCAGAGUGAUUCUCAAACUAGGUUUCCACAGGAUACUUGGUCCUGGCCCGCCGCUCUACAACGGCCACAGCAACCGCCUCUAAACUACAACUUGGCAAUGUCCAUGCCAAGACAUCAAGAGUCCUUGGACAAGUUUAAAUUAGCUAAAUGGGGCGUAAAGUUCGACGGUACGAAUAAGACGAUGAAUGUUCAAGAAUUUAUAUUUAGAGUUGGAGCUCUGAGAAGAGAUUAUAGUUGUUCCGAUGAUGAGAUUCUGCGCACUUUCCAUCUACUUUUAGAAGGUCCCGCAUUAGACUGGUAUUGGGACUACCGGAAAAUGGUCCAUAUUAAUACCUGGGAGGAGCUGGAAAAAGCCCCGUUGGCCCAAUACCGCCGGUUCGAGCAAGAGCAUGAGGUUCAAAUGAAAAUCCUGAACCGCCGGCAGCUGCCGCAGGAAGCUUUCGACGAUUUUUAUAACGCGGUCAUCAAGCUCCGAAACCAGCAACAGCACCCAUAUGCGGAGGAGCAGUUGGUGGAGAUCAUGCGUGGUAAUUUAAAACCAUCAUUGGCUCAAAUGAUGUUUUCAAUUCGUCUUAAAACGUUGUCAGAGUUUUGUCAUGAAGUAAGGCGAGCAGAAAAUUUGAUAGCCAACCAAAGGCAACUAUACCAGCGAGCUAAUGUCACGCAUCGUGUAAAUGAACUGGUUUGUGAGGACGAGGAUUUGUCUCUGAUAGAUUUGGAGGUUGAUGGUAUUCGGUCUACAAGUCACUAUAUCUGCUGGAAUUGCAAGGUCGUCGGUCAUAGUUUUGUCGACUGUCCCGAGCCCAUUAAUAGACAGUUUUGCUUCCGGUGUGGAAAGGAUAACGUGGUGGCCCCUAAAUGUCAGGGAAACAGGUUCCGGAACCCGUCUCAAACUGGGGAGACGAGGUCGACCGAGGUUUAGGCCCAGUACAGGUUAAGGAAAAACAACAACAACAGCAAACACAAUUAAGAAUAUUAAAGAAUCCGAAUAGGUCGGAGUUUGAGUUCAAAUCUGAGCCUCGGCUUCGAGAACUCAAGCCCCUGCAUAUUCGGAUUCAAGAGUACAAUGAAGCAAAAAGUAGAAUAUUCGGUCGAGUGACAGGUAAAAUUAGAAAAUCCCGUGAGCGCUAUAGGGCAAGAAAAAGAAUACGUCAUGAAAUCUCGUCGGCUUCACUCUACGAGGGUGAAGACUCACGUCUGUAUACGCGGUUAAGUAUAGGAGGCCAGGAGAUAAUCGGUCUACUCGAUAGCGGGGCAACGGUCACGUGUCUCGGAAAGAAAUGCGUGCAAUUCGUGGCAAAGGCCGGUGUGAAAGUACAUGAUUUCAGUACCAUUAUUAAAACCGCGGAUGGUACGAGUCAUCCAAUUGUAGGUCGAGUUAGGGCUGAAGUUAGGUUUCGUGAGGCGGUAAAUGUUAUCACAUUCUAUUUAGUGCCUACUCUGAAUCGAGAGCUCUUCUUGGGGGUCGAUUUUAUGAAGGUUUUUAAAAUGUUUGCCAGUCUCGAGAGUCUUACGACCAAUGGAGUUAGUCUCUGCGAAGAGGCUGAUAGUACCCUAGAUGUCGUGACCCAUAAGCUGACCCCGGAUCAGCGACAAAGAUUAGAUUUCGUCGUAUCAAUGUUCCCCUGCUUCAGUAAAAAGGGCUUAGGAAAAACAAAUUUGGAAAUGCAUACGAUAGAUACUCGAGAUGCAAUUCCAGUUAAAGAUCGUCACUAUCCUGUCUCCCCGG